AUGAGCCACUGUGUACAGUUGAGAUUUUUCGAUUUAGUCUUUUUGUACAUGGGAUAUUUUAUUCAUAGAAUCCAUAAAUGGUAGGGAAAUUUCUGAGUUCAGAGCAAUACAUAUGAUACAAAACUUGAUAUACAGACUAGUUUCUUAGCGGAACUGGAGGGGCUGGCUUUAGGUAAUCCAUGGACUCCCUGAAAUUGGGGACACCAUUGGAAACAUGCGUGAGCUCAAGGGCAGUUUCCUAUGAUUUUCAGGCCUCAAAAUGUCUCUUGGACUCAAAGAUGCCUUAGGGCAGAGGACAUAUGUACCCCCAGUAUAGAAUCUCAGACAGCGAAAGUCAGUAAACAUUCGGCAGAAAAGUGACAAAUUGAGUGCUCUGAUGUGACUUUUUCAUCAAGUCAAUGUUCUUGGGAUCUCUUGUACAUGAUAAUCUCACUCUUGUAAAGUUUCAUAGUUUCUGCUUACCCUAGUUUUCUUUCCCACCCUGUUCCCUCUCCUACCAGACUGGUCUCUGAAAUGGGCAUGUACAGAGGAGACCCCAACAUGCUUUGCGUGGAGAGGACACAGCCUCUGCUGGGACAGGGAACAGAGGGGAUGCGGAGACCCUGAUGAUGCUUUUGGACAGUGGUCUGAGGUUGGGACAGUGGCAGGAGGUACCAUCCAUUCACCCAGGAUCUCCAGGACAGGAGAUCAGCUUGGCAGUUACAUGUGUUUUUCUUCAAACUGGUUGCCAGGUUGGAAUGACCGAUGACAUCAGAGAUUCCAACCUUCCUGAUUGGAAGGACUGGCCUCCGUUGGCGCCUGGGAGCUCAGGUGGACAACAGCAUCUUCUCAGAGCUGUUCUCCACUCCUGACUUCUCCUAGCCUCAAGAAUUGAUAAUACACUCUUCCGGGUCCUGGCAGAGUCCAGAAGGCGGCUUUGGACAGAACAGAGACUAGGUUCCGUGGGUUGGGACAGAUUUUGGAAAGAUCAUGACCAGUUGUCAACCGCACCCCCAGGAUGAGGAGCAGAGCCCCCAGUUGAGCACCUCGGGGUACCCCCGCCAGGAGGUGGUAGAUAAUGAAGUGUCGGGACCAUCAGCCUCUGGGGUAGAUCCCAGCCCCCCAUGUAGGUCCCUCUGCUGCAAAAGGAAGAGGGAGUGGUCAGACAAAUCUGAGGAGUCAUCGGAGGAGGAGCCAGAGAAGGAGCUCGCCCAUGAGCCUGAGGAGACCUGGGUGGUGGAGAUGCUGUGUGGGCUCAAGAUGAAGCUGAAGUUGAAGCUGAAGCAACAGCUAGUGUCGUCCGUGCUCCCUGAGCACCACGAGGACUUCAACAGGCUGCUUGCCCCUGGGGUAGAUCCUAGUCCCCCGCGUAGGUCCCUUUGCUGGAAAAGGAAGAGGGAGUGGUCGGACGAAUCUGAGGAGUCAUCGGAGGAGGAGCCAGAGAAGGAGCUCACCCCUGAGCCUGAGGAGACCUGGGCGGCGGAGACGCUGUGUGGGCUCAAGAUGAAGCUGAAGCGACAGCGAGUGUCAUGCGUGCUCCCUGAGCACCACGAGACUUUCAACAGGCUGCUUGAGGAUCCUGUCGUUAAAAGAUUCCUGGCCUGGGACAAAGAUCUGAGGGUGUCCGACAAGUAUCUCCUGGCUAUGGUCAUAGCAUAUUUUAGCCGUGCUGGCCUCUUCUCCUGGCAAUACCAACGCAUUCAUUUCUUCCUGGCUCUCUACCUGGCCAAUGACAUGGAGGAGGACAACGAGGCCUCCAAACGAAACAUCUUCUACUUCCUGUACGGGAAGAACCGAUCCCAGAUACCCUUGUUCCAUAAGCUUCGGUUCCAGUUCUUCUGUUCCAUGCGCUGCAGGGCUUGGGUUUCCCUGGAGGAGUUGGAGGAGGUGGGUGGGGCGUGGGGAGGUGGAGGAGGUAGGGAGGAAUCAGGUGGGCUGGAGGCUGGAAGCAGGGGGAGGGAUAUCCUGGGGAGUCCCCAUCUUCUUAAGAGCCAUUUGUUUUUCCAGAUCCAGGCUUAUGACCCAGAGCACUGGGUGUGGGCACGAGAUCGCGCCCGCCUUUCCUAGAGCACCAGGGACCAUGGAGGCCUGAGGUCAUCGGCCUGAGGGAAGGUACAUCUGCAUCCUUCAGGGUAAAGGCAGAAUAUUGGGGUCUAUUUCGGAAAUCCAAGGAACCCAAUUGCUUGAUCCGGCUUCGAGCCUGGGCAACAUGGCGAGAUUCCCUCUCCACAAAAAUACAAAAAUUAG